UUUAAGAGCGAGUGGGACGUUGAUCAUCGAGAUGAAGCAGAGAACCCAAUCUUCGAUUCUGUGUUUAGCUUCUUCACUACCACACAGAAACAGAGUUUCCGUCUUUCAUCUUCCUCCAUAUGCGUCGCUCUUAAAAACCUAAUUCACAAUGUCCGUCGUUCUCAACGCCGGCUUCAGUUCUCCGCUUCAAAACAGAUCACAUCAUGUUAUACAGUUAAAGCCUUCGCCUUUUGCGUCAUACAUAUCUCUAAACAGUUCAAGAAGGUCACUGUUAUGCAAAAGAAGAUUGGUUGUAUCUUGUUUGGAUACAAAUGACAAUUCUGUCACAACUACAUCCGUAGAUUCUUCUUCUUCUUCAGAUUCUAAUAAACCAGUAAGUGAAUCAGUUGAAUCAAGCAAUGGCACUGCCAAAAAAGCACCAUUGACAGCACGAGAGAGACUAAGAGCGGCUCGUGUUCUUAGCCGAUACACUGAAGCAACACCGAAACCGUCAAAACCUAAAAUGGGGAGCCAACUUCUUGAUGUGCUCAAGGAAAGUGAUAAGAAAUCAAAGAGGAAACCGGGUCUACCCGAAGCACCAACUAACAUGCUUGAUGAUAGCAGGAGAGGGAUGCCAAAGAGCGGUCUUACGUUUGAUUUACCGGGAGGCUCGGAUAUUCUCAUCAUUGCUUUCUCCUUUGUGUUCAUAAGCACAGUCAUGUUUGCUACUACUUUUCUUGUUUGGAAACUCGGUGCGAUACACUUCAACGAAUAGUAAAGUUGAGAUUUGGAGAAGUUUAAUGGAGUUUGGAAACCAUCAAGCAGGGAACGAGAGAGAGAGAGUGUUUUGUUACAAUGUUAGUUAACAAUGCAUACUUGGGGAUGUGAUGGGGAUCUUCAUCACUUGGCAAAUCCGGCCUGAGUGUAUAUACAUAUACUCUGUAGUACACAUAAUUUUGCUAUGAACUCUCUUCAUGCUUGAUUUGUAAUUUUAAUCUUUACAUUGUAAUUUCUUUUCAUAUGGAAAUGGAUGCUUAAAGACCAACAACAGCCAAUGUAAAUAUGUAUCAGAUGUUAGAGAGCAAAAUAUCACAAGUUUAUUUUAAGAAGAGAAUGAGAGAUAGGAGGGUUUGGGACAAG